AUGAUGUCUCGAUUUCCACCACCACCACUUUUCAUUCUUCCGCCUCCACCGAUGCCAUCAUCAGAUAUAUUCGAUAUUAAAAUUGUAUCGCAAUUAACUUGUUCGUCGAUUCGACAACAUUAUCAACAAACAACGACAAGUCCUCGUUUGAUUUUAUUUACAGGUGCAAGUCUCAUCGUUGCUAUUAUUCUAUUUAUAAUUACAAUUAUCUGGUUUUUAUCAUCUCGUCGCAAGAGAAAAGAAUCAAAUAUUAAUCAUAAUUUUAAAUCAACACAACCGCCUAGUUCGAUCGAUUCAAUGUUUAAUUCGUCAACGUCUAACAGCAGCUCUUAUGAAACUAUAUCAUCUGAUCAUACUGGUAUUUAUCUUGAAUCUGUUGACACAUCGGCUACUAUUUGUUCAAUCAUUACAACCGAUAUCACGUGCAUUGAGUGUAAUCGACAACAAAUUUUUCAACCUUCAUUGUACUAUCAUAUUCUCGGUAUACCAGAUGUAGUGCCAAAUUGA